UUCAGAUCGCAUUGCAGCGAGCUUUUGGGGAAGUCUCAUCAUGAACAUUACCAUCUCUCGUGUAAAUUGAAUAGGAUGUAGUAGCGGUCGAAGUAGCAGCCAGCAGCACCCCUGGGGGACAUUCAACAAAUGGGCCCAACCCGAUUGUUGUGAGUGCGCGUUGUGGUAUAUAUAGGCAGCUCACAGUCUGGCGUGUAUUUAGUCGCAAGGCACUCGGCUAAGAUAGGUGAGAGGACUCGUGCACGGAUGGCUGUAAGGUUGAACGGUAGCAAAAGCGUGAAGAAGUAUCCGCGUACGCAAGAUAAGUCAACACGUGGCAGCAAUCAUUGGCCAGCCAACGUUGGCUCACGCAACGGUGAAGAAUGACAUUAAAAUAGCAGAUAUUAGUUAUUGACAGUAACAUACCGUAACGUAGGUGACGACGGGAGAUAACGAUGUCGAACAGUUUCAGAGAGAUAUAAGUGCGCUAGUGUUGUUAUUUACAGUACUGUAUUUUUUUCUGUUGCCAAUUUUACGUGGAAUAUAUUAAAUGAGAUCCUUAAAAAUAUGAUGUUGAAGACUAGAUAUAUCCUGCCAAUCAUCUGGGGAUACGGUUGCAUUUAAACGCUACAUAAAUUGUAUUGUACGUAUAAAUGUUUGCCUGCGGCCGAAAUAUCAACAUCAGCUUUUUAUUGUGGGCUUCAAACUAAUUUUUAUCUUUUACAAUUUACAUUAACCACUGUAGCGCAGAAUAUAUUGAUCAAUAUAUUAGGAGAGGCAAUGAUUCGAAACAAAUUGCAUUACACAUCAUGGGCGAUGAGUCGCAUGAUUAACCCAAGUGUGGGUUUCUUGUAACAGCUGCGAGAUUUGGUAAAAUGGUCAUUCAAUAAAUCCAGAGCCAAAACGACAAAUCCAAUUCUCCGACUGAAAAUUUGCUGUCUUCAUCGAGACCCGUAGACAAUUUCCCGCUGCUUUCGGUACAACCGCAAGACUGGCAUUGCAGAGGAAUUAAAUUUGUGUUUAUGGUUUGAAUCAAUACUUUUUCCAAUCCUGUAAAAAAAAAAAACUCAUCGAACAAGACCGGAGUGUACGACUUAUAAUAGUGCAGGCAGGCACAACGACUGGAUCACCGACGCAUGCCGAUGUGGGCAUAGCCAGCAAUAAACAAAAGCUGCCAGCGAUGAAGUGGCAGGCAGUGUUGACCCUGCUGGGCGUUGUGUUGCUAUACCUGCUCGGAGGAGCGUUGGUCUUCCGAGCGCUGGAGAGGCCCUACGAAAUGCAGCAGCGAAACCACCUGGUCAUCACCAAGGAGUCUUUCCUGGAUAAGCACAAAUGCGUGAAGCCUGAAGACAUGCAGAAUCUGCUGAAGACGGUGGUGGAGGUGAUGGGAGCUGGCGUUAAUCCAAUCUCCAACAACACCAACAACACCGGAGUCAGCAUAUGGGACAUCGGAGAUGCAAUCUUCUUUGCUGGCACCGUCCUCACCACCAUCGGCUACGGCAGUCCGUCACCCAGCACGGAGGGCGGCCGCACGUUCUGCACGGUGUACGCCCUGUUCGGCAUCCCCCUCUUCGGCUUUCUGCUCGCCGGGGUGGGUGACCAGCUCGGCUCGCUCAUCGGACGGGGUAUCGGGCACGUGGAGCGCCUCUUCAUGCGCUGGAACGUGAGCGCGGACCGGAUCCGUGUCAUCUCGGCGCUGCUCUUCAUCCUCGUGGGACUGCUGCUCUUUGGAGGGGUUCCCAUCGCCGUGUUUAUGCACAUCGAGGAAUGGAGCACACUGGAGGCCGUCUACUUUGUGAUCGUCACGCUCACCACCAUCGGUUUCGGAGACUUUGUGGCUGGCAGCAAACCGGAUCGCAUCUACUUCGACGGGUACAAGCCACUCGUGUGGCUGUGGGUGCUGGUGGGCAUGGCGUACUUUGCGGCUCUGCUCUGCAUGAUCGGGGACUGGCUGCGUGCCCUGUCAGAGCGCACCCGCAGCAGCAUGGGUGGCAUCACCUCCCAGGCCGUGCAGUGGUCUGGCCUCAAGGAGCACGUCUCCGCCACCGACCUGCUGCCCCCCAAGCUGCACAAGGUCGCCGAUGCCCUGCUGCCCUUCGACCUGCUCGAGAAGGGGGGCUCAACGGACACCGACGGGCCGCAGGAGGCUGGCGAUGGCGGUGAAGCCGGCUCGGAUUCCCCCGAAGCUACAGGGCCCAGGAUGCUGGGCAAGGCGCUGGGUCGCAAGUGCAAGGGCAAAGAGGUCAAGCGACCCUGGGUUGGCACCGGGGUUGAGGAGGCAUUGGUUCAGAAGGGAUCCAACCAGCUGUUUAGUCCAUAGAGCUGGGGGCAUUAAUCGAUUAACUGCAGAUUUUAGUCUACUAGUUGUUUUGUGGACUAUUACUUGGGCCUCUUUUGAAAUGGUAGCCACCCAUUAGCCUGACCAAAGCUAAGGACAAUCAAUGUUCAAUUCAAGGUAUUUUAUGCUUCUUUCUAUUUCUCAAACAACCCCACAACACAAGUUAUGUAAACUUUCCUAAAUACGCAGUUGAUGAUACAGAUGACGUCACCAAAGACCACCCAUUACCUCUUGUCUAGCGGCACACAUGGCCAAACAGUUUAGAACUUUUUCCCCCCAACUAUUUUGGAGUUCUCUGAUUCGUUAAGUGAUCAAAACAAUAAUCGGUUAUCGAUUACAGCACCUCAUAAAUAACAUUUCCCCAGAUAUAGCCCUUUGCCAUUCCACAGUGAAGUUGAGAUUUGUGGAUCGCUCAAAUUUCAGCGAUGAUAUGAACCCAGAACUGUUUGUAUUUAACGUAUCAAUUAAUUCAUACUUAGGUACCAGGUAUUUUUUAUCAUGUGUUAUCAUUCUGGUUUAACAGCAGGGUUUUCACCAACAAGUCGAGGGUCGACAGUCAAACAUUGUCAGCAUGUAUGCAAGAUGGGGAGGCCUACAUCUAACAGCAAAUUCACGCAAGCCUAUACAUUAUUAUUAUUAUUAUUUUGCAAUAAACUUGACUAUAGAGAAAAAACUGGAGCAAAUGUGAAUGGCCCAACUGCAUGGAGUUUUUACACUGAAAUGGUAUAGACUUUGAUGGGAAAUACUGUAUGCUGUAUAAUAAUUGUUUUGCAGUCAAUUGUAGGUUUAACUGGAAAAUAUGUAUAUGUUAAAGGACAUUUUGAAAUAACUGCAUGAUGGAGAGUAAUGGCCUGUAUACGAAAUGAUAAGAUUGAAUAAUAAGUGGUUGUAUUGAGCAUAUUAUAUUGGCCUUAUAUGAUAUAUUGGCCUUGUUUGUGCCUACCUUGCAUGCACUUUCUUUUUUGGUGAGUUUCUAAUUGUUUACAUAAAGUCUUACAUAUUUUUCUGUUACAUUGGUCUUUCAUGCACAACAUAGCUAAUUAAAGACACCCAAUAUCUUUCAUUUGUACAUAUUUCUAAAAAUUGCAGGACACUCUAACCAAUGUUUGAUUGAGGCCCUAACUCUAACCUUACACAAAUGAGGGCCCCACGAUGAUGGAGUAAGAGGCCCCAUGUGGCUUGUGCCCCGGGCCUCUAGGAACAUUUGGGACGUGCAGAGAAUAUACAUAUUCCGUACUGCACUCAUGUUUUAUUUGAAAGAAUGUAGACUUUGUAACGGUUAGCUUUUUUUGUCUUCUUUCUUUCAUUAAAGUACUAUCCAUGAACAAUUGUACAAAUGUUGAUUAAAUUGUUUUAUAAUGGCGACAGCAUCCCAACCACUUCAAUUGAAGUAAUUCUACGAAAGACUAGCUACUUGUCUUACAUGCACAAACAACGUACAUAUCAUAUCCCCUCACUUCAUCUCCAUCGAUAUCAACUAUCCUUGCCGUUAUAUUGCUGCCUAUUCUAGUGGGUAUCUGAUGCCCGUGUAGGACAAUAUGGAAUACGCAGCACUUCCCAUACACUACCCAGUGAAAGAUAACCUAGUACAUAUGACCUAAUAUAAACACAUACAAAUGCAUAUUUUCACGUGUAUCCUUAGUAGCAGUGGUAUGUGGAUUGCAGUGAAAAGUAAGAUUGCAGUUGAAAUAUGCUUGUGCCUUUACCGUUAAUUAUACUCUGUGUGAGAUAAUUUUAUUGUAAAUACCGUACUGCUGUUGAAUGAAAUGUGUUUGCAAUGCCAUAAUGACAAGCGCAUGCAUUAAAUGGUUAAGCAUGCACUUCCCAAUUAGCUUGGACAAAUUCUCUAAUUGCCGAAAUCAAUUCACUUACAAAGACGCGCGUGGCUUGUUCUGCUAAUA